ACCGGACGUAUGGUAACCCCAGCGACCAGGAUGUAAACAUCGUCACUGAAACUGUAACAGGUGCGUCACUUGAAUCACAGCAUACGGUCUCUACUGAACUGCAGUUUCCAUGAUGACAAACAUGACCCAAUACGGAGUUAAUAUUCUGAUUCUUCUGGUCGAAUCACUCUUAUUAGUUUCCCCCGGUCUCAUCUGUCCAGAAAUCAGUUACCUUGGCGGUCCUGCCCAGCUGAUCUGCACUGGCGGGACACUUGUACACACAUAUUACAACACGGGUGGUAAGGUGGCUACGUGUGGAUUGACCCUUAAUUCAUCGUGUGAUUCCACUGACAUGUCGGCGUAUAGACUCAGCUCAAAUCAGACGGCACUAAACAUAACAAGUGUACAGAUAUCAGAUGCGGGAACAUGGGUCUGCAAGAAUGCACGCAAUUCAAACACGUCAUGUCAUCUGACUAUUGCAAAUAUCCCCACCUACAGCAUAACCAGUGACAACGCUACAGACGCCGUGGAUGUGUAUGAUUGGGUAUCCCUCACAGUGGACAUCUGGGACUUCUACUGUUCUGCAGCUCACAACUUGACUCUGCAGGUCGGGAGUGUCACACAGCCACUGAACAUGUACCUACCCGAGGCUGUGACCGAACCAACAAACUUCACCAUCUCCAUUAAUAUCACAGAGUCACACUUUGGGGAUGUAGAACUGAUCUUUCUUUGUAACGGCCAGCAGUUGAAUGUUAGUCAUCGAAGCGUUACACAGCUACAACAAAAUAUCUCGACCAAAGUGUCAGUUCCAAAGACCCCGACAUGCAACAUCACCAGUGACAAGGACACAGAGACGCUGACCCUGUAUGAGGAAGUGACACUAACAGUGGACAUUGCUGCCUACUACGACAUACGAGGUUCCUUCUGUUCUGUAGAUUCCAACUUCACACUACAGACCGGGGAUGUCACACAAUUACUGAAUGUUGCUGGAACCGGGGCUGAUCAUGAUUUUUCACCGAUAACCUUCGAUGUGACUGAAACACACUUGGGUGGUGUGAGGCUGAUAUUCUACUGUCAACACAAACACUGGAAUUUCACUUGCGAUGGUGUAACCGAACUCAAUUACAAAACCAAAACAGCUGCUGUCCCAGGAAACGCUGGACUAUACACAGCCUUCACUCCAAUUAUUGCUGCCAGCGUUGUUGGUGCGAUAGUGUGUUUCAUCAACGCCGUCAUCGUCAUCGUCUUUCUCGUCAAAAGAAAACAGGUUUCCAUGAUGACAAACAUGACCCAAUACGGAGUUCAUAUUCUGAUUCUUCUGGUCGAAUCACUCUUAUUAGUUUCCCCCGGUCUCAUCUGUCCAGAAAUCAGUUACCUUGGCGGUCCUGUCCAGCUGUUCUGCACUGGCGGGACACUUGCACACACAUAUUACAACACGGGUGGUAAGGUGGCUACGUGUGGAUUAACGGCUAAGUCAUCGUGUACAUCCUCUAAAAUGUCGGCGUAUAGACUCAGCUCAAAUCAGACGGGACUAAACAUAACAAGAGCACAGAAGUCCGAUGCUGGAAAAUGGACCUGCAGCUCUGAACGUAAUUCCAACACGUCAUGUAAUCUGACCAUAGCAAAAGGUCAAAUCCUGAUCUGUCAACCAGCCCUCAACAUCAGCAAGUUAAUUUUAGUCAUCAUUACAUAUCUGACCAUUCAAGUGGUAUUUUCAAAUGUAGAGAUAGGUAGUAGUCAGUUGGCGUUAGAUUCGGAGGAUGGGGCACCAGCUCGUAACCACAUUCGGUAG